GCUUGUGAAACUUCAAGAACAGUCUUGGAUUCUUUUGAAGUGUUUGUCGAUGGAGAAUGCAUCACUCUCCUCUCCGGCGAACCCCCAUUUCUUCCAGCCUCUUCUUUCCGGUUUCCAAAGCCACCUUAAAAUUCCUGUGACGUUCUUCUCCAAGCAUAUAGAGGGAAAGCACGAGGGUAAGACUGUUGAACUGAGAUCAGAUUCUUCUGACAGAACAUGGAAAGUGAAGAUGGAAGGCCAUAGGCUCACUGAAGGUUGGAAAGAGUUCGCCAAGGCACAUGAUCUUCGAAUCUAUGACGUCGUUAUCUUCAGACAAGAGGGAGACAUGUUGUUCCACGUCACUGCUUUUGGAACCAGUUGCUGUGAGAUCCAAUACGCACCGUCUGGCAUCCAUGUCAAAGUCAAAGAAGAGAGUGAAGAAGUUGGUAAUAAUGGAAUCAUUAUUCAACGAGAGAAUCUUCAAGAAGGGAGAAAGAAUCUUCGUCUAAGCCAACAUGGUGUGCCCUUAGAUUUUGCGAGACGAAAUGGUUUGAACAAAGGGAGGCGUGUGAUAGCUUUGAGGAACCAAGAAGGAAAGACAUGGGAAUCUAAAUUAAAGAGUACGAGGUCUGGUCAGGUUUUCAUAUGUCGGAACUGGAGAAGCUUUUGCACCGCGAGUAAGUUAAAAAUUGGAGACUCUUUCCAAUUUAAACUGCUUGAAAACACGGAAACGCCUGUGUUUCAGCUCUGUAGCCUUUCAGAGGUGAAGCCGAAGAAGGAGACUCUAUCUGAGUCCGAGGAAGAUAAUGUUGUUGACAAAACUGAAACACCCCGGUUUGUUAAAAUAACUACUACAGCAAGCAGCCUUGAGAUUGGUAAACAGGUGCGUUUAAGAAAUAUCUAUGUCUUUGGUUUCUUCUUUUCUUUUGUCAUGUUGAGUCUUCUUUCAGAAUCUACCGGUACAUUUCACGAGAGCAAACAAGCUCAACAAGCCGGGGAAGAUAGUAUUGGUAGACAAAGACAAAGUGGAGUGGUCGAUGAAACUUAAUCAGGAUAGUAGAAGUGGAACUAUGUAUAUUAUGGGUGGUACGGCUUGGAAAAGUUUCUGUGCAGCGAAUGAAGUAGCCGUAGGAGAGUCUCUAACUCUGGAGUUGAUCCGACGUGAGAGGAUUCUUUUGCUCAAGUUUUGCUCCAAGGUUAAGUUUGUAAACACUAUAUAUAUAACUUGCAAUCCACGUUUUUGGUUUCUCUAAGUUGAAGUUAACUAAACAAAGAACUUGUAUUCAGAUGGAGCAACCACCUUUAAAACAAAGGCUCGAAAACACAAGAGAGCACGAGUUCAGAGACUGACCCGGGAGAGUAGAUCGAAGGAUGACGUCUCAAAUCAGGAGGCUAAGGUUAAAACAGAGUGCUUAAGCUACUAUAACUAGUAUUUAAGACACAAUAGUUCUUCCUAAGGUCAACAAAACCUAACUCCUAUGUGCAUCCAAGUUGUAAACAAGAAUGAUAUGUUUUCACUUUACUCAAAACCUGUGUCAUAUGGACCUGAUGUCUAGUUAUGAAUCAGGCAAUAGGCGUUUGGUUUUUGGUUCAGAUAUUUUGGUUUUCGGUUAUAGAGAUUUAGAAAUCGUUCAGUUAGUUUGGUUUUCGGUUCAAGUAACAAUGUUGAGAACAAGCUAAUAUCCGUAAAAAAAAAAAAUUGGGUCUAAUUUGGUUCUGAUUGUUCUAGCAAUGAGUAAAACUAUUUGUUAGUCUCCAGGCAAGCACAAUUUUGUAUCCACUUGAUGAUUCUGUCAUAUGAAUGGCAAACAAUUUGGAAAUUCAGCAGUAAUAACAUUCAAAAUUCAGUUACAAAAAAAAAAACACUUUCAAGAUUCUAUUUAUAUAUAACCUUUUGCACCAUUAAGUCAUUGUGUAAUAUUAUUAGGGAAUUUCUCAUAUUUUAUUAUCUGCAUUACUACUUCAGCUAGAAGCAUUGUUGAUUGAUUUCCAAAACGAUGUAACAUUCUACAUCAUUGAGCAUCGAUCAUCUUGGUGGCUGUAUCUCUCACCGGAUGUUGGGAUUUUGAACAACUCCUUGGAACUGAAGCUGUAGCGUCUGAACAAGAAUCAACAACCUGGUUUUUUACCUCUCGAUCAAUGUUACUAUUUGUUACAGCGUCUUGAUGAUCUGAUGCAGAGGCAUCAUCAAUCCAAGGGUUUGAAUCAGAAUCCAUUGUAUCAACCCUUUCAACCUCUGUACAACAUUCAGAGGUCACUACAGAUGGUGAGGAAGAUGAUGAAGUUGAUGAUGAGGAAAGAGAAGGUACAGGAAUGGAGUUUUGCCCAGACAGAUCUAUGAAGAAGAUAGGUUUGUUGUUUGAG